AUGCAAGCAGCCCUUGAGAUCACUGCUCGCUAUUGCAGUCGGAAACUGGAGCAGUAUGGCCAGUGUGUGGCUGCCAAGCCUGAGUCGUGGCAGCGGGACUGUCACCACCUCAAGAUGAGUAUCGCUCGCUGCACGUCCACACACCCAAUUAUCCGCCAGAUCUGCCAGGUCUGCGCUGAACCGUUCCUGGCCUUUGAGGAGUGUCUCCGAAAGAAUGAAGCAGGGAUAGGCAACUGUGCAGAGCAUGUACACCGCUUCCUGCAGUGCGCUGAGACGGUCCAGCUGCCACGUUCACCUUCUGCUGGGGAAAUAAAGUCUCUUCUGGCUUCAUGA